ACUGUCAACAACUGUCAAUUGAUAUAGGUUAGGUUUCUAAUCUAAUGUUUUUUAAAUAUUUAAGACCUAAACCAGCCUAAACUUAUUUUUGUCUUUCGCUUUACAACUUUUAAUUAUAAUGAUGGAUAUAGAAGAUGCCGAUGAUCCAAUGGAAAUAGACGAACCCGUUCCAAUAGCUCCUAUAAUAGAAAGGCUGUCGAAAAGUAUUGAAAGCGACAAAGCCGAAAACAGCAAUAACACAGGGCCCCCAAAAGUUCUUACUACUGCAACACCAUCAAAACAAGUCGAGAGUUCAUCCAGUAUUGUUAUUUUGGAUGAUGACGAUGAAGACCUGAUAAUAGCUCCUGCCAAUACAUCUACUUCUAUUGAACCGGCAAAAGAAACUGCAACUGCUGCUUCGAUUAAUACAGCAAAAGAUGUAAUAAUUGAUUUGGUUGAGAAACCUAAAAGUAAUAGAUGCAUCAAUACAAAUUGUAUUGGAUCAAGUGAAAAAUUUACAUAUGCUCCAGAUUUUUGCCUCUCAUACUUCAGAGUAAAAAAAUCAUCAGGUGACAACGAAGAAAUUUGCGAGGAUUGUUAUUAUAAAGCUAUAGAAGAUAAUGAUAAAUUAGCUACUAGUUUAAUAGAAGGAAAUCUACUAUUUAAAGUAGAUUUUCCUAUCAUAAAUGAAACUCUACAAAUAGAUGAUUCAGAUGAAGAAGAUGAGAAACCAGACAAUAGGGAAUAUAUAUCAGAUGAAAAUUUUAAAUUUAUUAGUGAAAAUAUUGAAGAAAUUCUUAUGGAAACAAUUGAGAAAUUUGAUAUUAAAAAUCAUAUAGAAAAGGAAAAACACUUCUUAACUGAGGAGGCAAAAAAAGUUGAAGCUGAUUGUGAAGAACUAACUGCAAAAGUGAAUGAGAUCCGUACUACUUUGGAUAAAAUUCAAAUUGAUUUAUACAACCAAUUUCGCCCUGAAAUUAAAUCUUUAAAAGGGAUGAUUAUAUUAGAUGACUAUUCUAUGAGUCCAGGGAUACAAGUGUAUCCAGAGCUAAAAAGUUACCUUGAAACAUCAAGAAAAAGUGCUAGGAUUCAGCAAAAACCUGUUAGUUAUACAGAUGAUUUGAAGGCAGAUGAAGCUGGUCAAAACACAACAAACGUUGAAGUGCCUAUGCCUAAAGAUUUGCCCAAGAAUAUGCUCGUGGAUAAACCUGCUCCACAACCAGAGGAAAUAUAUUACAUAAAGAGAGAGGGCAAUCCUCAGGCAUCUUGGAUUAAAGCUCGACUCAACUUAAUUAUUACUCCAAACACUCCUUACAAGAACCAGGUAUGGAAAACUACACACUACAAGCUGACAGAGCUGAAGCAACAGAAAGAGCGAAUAUUAAGUGGCAAAGAUAUAGCAUAUACUGCGGCUUGUAAGUCUCGUUUAGGCGUUGGCACUAGAGUCAUAUCAGUGUUCAAAUCCGAACAUAACUCCCCUAACGUUAAAAAAACUAGAAAUGAUCCUUUCUAUGCUGGCGUAGUAGGUGAACAUCCUGUAGAAUCAAAUAAAUAUCGAUAUUUGAUCUUCUUUGACAUUGGUUACGCCCAAUAUGUUCCACACUUCGGUAUACACCUAGUGCUAGACUCUAGCCAAAACGUAUGGGAAGACAUGCCCGAAGAUUCUAGGCCCUUCAUAAAGAAAUAUCUCGAAAGCCAAGACAGGCCUAUGGUAAAAAUGACUCCUAAUCAAACUGUCAGGGUUGAGUAUAACGGUAAAUGGUGGCCUUGCAGCAUAAAAGCAAUCGACUGCUCGUUGGUUCAUGUGUUCUUCGAUGCCUUGAACAGAUGGGAAUGGAUAUACAGAGGGUCGACUAGACUGAGUCCAAUGUUUAGAGAGGAACAAGCCGCUGUGAAUAGGCAUACUGGAAUGAGACCGCAAAGGAAAGCAGGCAUUGGCAUAAAUGAGUCCGCUUCUGUGGUACAGUAUACAAGAAAUAACGACUUUGUACAACCACCAGCAGAAUCCAAAGAGGAAGAAGCUCCCAAAAGCGUGGCUAGAGCGGUCGCUAGAAAAAGCACGACAAGACCAAAUACAUCCAAUCAACCUGCUCCAAUUCAUCCCUUUUUGCCCCCAAUUAACAACACCCCAGCCAAUAUUACAGGACCAACUAGUAAAAUCAUGUACUUUACUCCAAGAGAUCAGCAAGUUAUCAAGAGAGAAUAUAGACAACACGAAUGCGGACCUCAAUGUAAAAUCUACCUUACUCACAAUUUCGUCAAACUUAAGGGUCAUAAUCCGCUGUCCAAGCCUUUGUUGUGCGGCUGGGCUAGAAUGACGUUGAAGGAUAGGGGUAGGAAGGUUAUUAUAUAUAAGGCCCCUUGUGGAAGAAUGAUCAGAGAUAUUAGUGAGAUCCACUAUUAUUUGAGGAUAACUGAGAGUGAAAUGACAGUUGAUUUGUUUGAUUUCAAUCACAUGGUUCGAUGUUUGGCCGAGUUCAGUGUCGAAUGUGCUCCAGAUCCAAAAGAUUUAUCUAAAGGUCUAGAGCAAGUUCCUAUUCCGGUUAUAAACGGUAUGAAUAACGACAUGCUCGAUUUCUGUAACUAUUCAAUCAAAAGAGUUCCUAUGGAAGGCGUCCACAUGAACCUUGAUUCAGACUUCUUAUGUGGUUGCGAUUGCGAUGACGAUUGCGUGGAUAAACUGAAGUGUUCAUGUUGGAAACUAACCCUGGAAGGUCUUAAAUAUUUGGGAAAAGAUGUGGAUCCUAUUUCCGUCGGUUAUAUAUACAGGAGAUUGCAAGAACAAGUCAUAACCGGAAUAUACGAGUGUAAUUCAAAGUGUAAAUGCACUCAGACAUGUCUGAACAGGGUAGCGCAGAAUCCGUUGUCUUUAAAACUUCAAGUUUUCAAAACGCCAAACAAAGGAUGGGGCAUAAGGUGUUUGAAUGACAUUCCGCAGGGAUCAUUCAUAUGCAUCUACGCUGGUACAUUGCUGACUGAACAUAUGGCCAAUGAGGAUGGAAUGCAAUAUGGGGAUGAGUAUUUUGCUGAGUUGGAUUAUAUUGAAACUGUCGAGAAAUACAAAGAAGAUUACGAAGAGGACGUUGUAGAAGAUGAAGAUUUUGAAAAAGAAAAAGCGUCAAAUGCCGCUGAAGAGAAAGAAUUGAAAAUACAAAAAGCAAAUCAAGCUAGAAAAAGAAACACUUACAUGGAAGACAAUGAUUUUACACCAAGUAUUUCUGUACAAAAAGCUACUGGGGCUGAUGAUGGAAUAAGGUCUAGACUUAGGCGCAGAAAAGAUGAUGAAGAAAAAAAAGAGGACCCUGUUAAGGUGAAGCAAGAACUACAUGAAAGAGAUAUUAAGAGCGUAGUUGACAGUGUUGCUAAGGAUAUCGAUACUGUUACAAUUAGCGAUGAAGAAGACGAGGAUCGAGAGGUGCUUAGUUUUAAUCCAAAAGCGAACACUGACAUUGAUGACAGAACGUCCGGGUAUGGGUCUGUUCGCGAGAUAUUCGGUCCAGACGAAAAAGAUAAUAUUUAUAUUAUGGAUGCGAAAAAUGCUGGUAAUAUCGGCAGGUUCUUAAAUCAUUCCUGUUCUCCCAACGUCUUCGUUCAGAACGUGUUCGUUGACACUCAUGACGUACGGUUUCCAUGGGUGGCAUUUUUCUCGUCGCAGUUCAUCAGAGCAGGUACCGAACUCACCUGGAACUACAAUUACGACAUAGGAAGCGUUCCAGGCAGGAUACUUUAUUGCAAUUGUGCGUCGUUAGAAUGUAAGGGCAGAUUAUUAUAAAAAAAUAAACGUCAAAUGUAUUUAUUUAUGUAUUAAUCACUUUCUAUUUAAGUCGGGAUGACACGGUCAAAGUGUACUUUGUGUACUUGGAUCAAGUACAUUUGGAUGGUGCCAUAUAAAUGUACUUAUAAAAAUGCUGCGCGCGUCUCGAGUUGGAAGGCUUUUUAACAUCACAGUAAGUACGCUGGGGUGGAACUUUAUAAUUAAAUAGCGAUCGGUAGCGAUGAAGAAUACUGACCUUAGCCGUAGAAACUAAACGGCAAGCGACAGUAUUCUUCAUCGCUAUUUAUUUAUAGAGGUGAGACGGGCGCGACAUAUAAAUAGGUAUAUUUAUAUGGCAUUUGGUUGACUUGGUCCAAGUACACUAUGACCGUGUCAACCAGGCUUUUCCCUAAGAUAUAGUGUAAUGGAAAAUAAAAUGUUGUGAAGAG